UGUUGUGGUCGAAGUAGAAUGAGCUAGCUGUCAACCAAAGUUCAGAAAGAGUUAAUAAUUCGAUAUAUUAACACCACGGAGGUGGAAAACAGCGCUGAAGGCCAUGAGUGUGAAAGAAGAAGUCAGCUUUGACCCAAAAGAGCACCAGCACCUGCGUUACAACCCUCUGAAAGACAGCUGGGUCCUGGUGUCGGCCCACCGCAUGAAGAGACCCUGGGCUGGUCAGGUAGAAAAACCUGCAGAGGAACACGUACCCAGACACGACCCCUGCAAUCCACUCUGUCCUGGGAACACACGUGCAAAUGGAGAGGUGAAUCCAAACUAUGACAGCACGUUUAUUUUUGAUAAUGACUUCCCUGCUCUUCAGCCAGAUGCUCCAGAUCCUGGCUCGGAUCAACAUACACUGUUCCAGUCUAAACCUGCCAGGGGCGUCUGUAAGGUCAUGUGUUUCCAUCCUUGGUCUGACAUCACCCUCCCACUCAUGAAAAAAGAAGACAUUGUCAAGGUGAUUGACAAGUGGGCAGAGCUUGUUGAAGAGCUAGGAGCCACCUACCCUUGGGUUCAGAUCUUUGAGAAUAAAGGAGCUACGAUGGGUUGUUCAAAUCCACAUCCUCACUGUCAGGUGUGGGCCAGCAACUUCUUGCCUAAUGAGCCGGCUCUGUCGGACCGCUGUCAGAGAGAGUACUAUCAGAAACAUGGAGAACCGCUGCUGCUGCAAUACGCCAAGCAAGAGGCUGAGAAAAAGGUCCGUGUGGUGGUGGAGAGUUCUGAUUGGCUGGCGGUGGUUCCAUACUGGGCAACGUGGCCCUACCAAUUGCUGCUGUUGCCACGACGACAUGUCCUCAGAAUCAAUGACCUGACCACAGAGGAGAGGGCGGGUUUGGCUGACAUUAUGAAGCGGCUGCUGACCAAGUAUGACAAUCUGUUUGAAGUCUCGUUUCCCUACUCCAUGGGCUGGCACGGAGCCCCUACUGGGCCCCAUUUAAGGGAAGAUAACUCCCAUUGGCAGCUGCAUGCUCACUACUACCCUCCUCUGCUGCGAUCAGCCACGGUGAAGAAGUUCAUGGUGGGUUAUGAGAUGCUCGCCCAGGAGCAGAGAGACCUCACCCCUGAACAGGCUGCCGAGAAGCUGCGGAAUCUACCAGAAGAACAUUAUAAAAACAGACAGAACCAGUAAAAAGAAAAGAAGAAAUGAAGAUGAAUGAAAUUAAAAGGGAAAUCUACUUUCAAUGGGUGGAGUGGAGGAUCCCAGGGUGCACGGCCCCAGAGACAUUGUUGAUGCAUCGCUUUUGUUUUGGGGCGAAUACGUGUGAAAAUGAAACUCAAAUUGAUGACUUUGCUAUUUUACUCUUAAAAAAAAAUGUAAAAAUUCAUAUGAAAUUUUAUAUCACAUGAAGUUAGCUUCUAAUUAUGAAAAUAUCUGACUGCCACAUCAUUGUUUGAAUUGUGCCUUUUUCAACAGAUGGAUUAAACAUAUUCUUACC